GCAUCAUUCUCUCUCCAAAUAAAUGCAGAACCAGCAGCGGCCUGACCAUGUCACGGUCGCGACGAAGAAGCUCAGGCUCGCAACGGCAUCAAAGCCACAGAAGAAGUACAUCAAAGAGAAAGAAACAACAGAAGUGACGAUCUGAAGAAGGAACCGCAUCAGGAGAGAUGGGAGUGGACUACUACAAGAUCUUGCAGGUUGAUAGAAACGCCAAAGACGACGAUCUGAAGAAAUCUUACAGGAAGCUCGCCAUGAAGUGGCAUCCAGAUAAGAAUCCCAAUAACAAGACGGAAGCCGAAGCCAAGUUUAAGCAGAUCUCUGAAGCCUAUGAUGUUCUAAGUGAUCCUCAGAAAAGAGCAGUGUAUGAUCAGUAUGGCGAAGAGGGACUGAAGGGCCAGGUGCCGCCGCCGGACGCCGGGGGACCCGGCGGCCCCACCUUUUUCUCCACCGGCAACGGGCCAACGACAUUCAGAUUCUCGCCCAGAAACGCCGACGACAUAUUCGCCGAGUUUUUCGGGUCUUCGAGCCCGUUUGGAGGAUUUGGGGGAAUGGGUGGAGGCAUGAGAGGGGGGUCUAGGUUUGGAAGCUUCUUUGGCGGCGACGAUAUAUUUGGGUCUUUUGGGGAAGGAGCCGGCGGCGGCAUGAACUACCCUGCUGUUAGGAAGGCGCCUCCAAUUGAGCAGACCUUGCCUUGCUCCCUCGAAGAGCUCUACAAAGGCACUACCAAGAAGAUGAAGAUUUCCAGAGAAAUUGCUGAUGCCAGUGGCAAGACAAUGCCUGUGGAGGAGAUCUUAACCAUAAACAUCAAGCCUGGUUGGAAGAAAGGCACCAAAAUCACCUUCCCAGAGAAAGGGAAUGAGCAGCCAAAUGUCAUACCAUCCGACCUCGUCUUCAUAAUCGACGAGAAACCUCACAGUGUCUUCACUCGCGAUGGAAACGACUUGGUUGUCACGCAGAAGAUCUCUCUGGCCGAAGCCCUGACAGGAUACACAGUCCAUCUGACGACCCUGGACGGGAGGAGUCUAACCAUCCCAAUCAACGCUGUGAUACAUCCAAACUACGAGGAGGUGGUGCCGAGGGAAGGGAUGCCAGUUCCCAAAGACCCGGCGAAGAAGGGAAACCUCAGGAUCAAAUUCAACAUCAAGUUCCCGACGAGGCUGACCGCGGAGCAGAAGGCUGGAACCAAGAAACUCUUGGCUUCUUCUUAAAGAUCAAACUCAAUUCACAAAACUGUUGGUGCCUUCCAAUUCAUCCUGGGUACAGUUGUUGCUGCUGCUGCUGCAUGGAGACGAAGCAGGUUCUGAGAAUCCACAAAAAAUGGCUGUUCCUGAGUCGCUGUUUUAUAGAAACCAGUUGUUAAUGAUGUAGUAGCCAUUGUGAAGCAAGUGUGUAGAGAAUGAAUAAGGGUGCUUGCAUUUGCUUAAAAGAA